AUGAGUGUCCCUGAAGCGCCUCAACCUGUGCAGGACUUUGAAGUCUACAAUGAUUCCGCCGAUAUGGAAAAGAAGCCAUAUCCCGAAGAGCCUGUUGAUGAUCCUUUUGGAAAUGAAGAAUCUGGGGAAGUGAAGUAUCGUAUUAUGCCAUGGUGGCAAGCUGGAAUGCUGAUGGUCGCCGAAAAUAUCUCGCUGGGUAUCCUAUCUCUUCCCUCUGCAGUAGCAACCCUUGGAAUCGUCCCCGCAUUCCUACUCAUUUUAGGCUUGUCCGGCAUCUCAUGGUACACCGGGAUUGUGAUGGGUCAGUUCAAGCAACGGUACCCUCAAGUGCAUAGCAUGGGUGACGCCGGAGAGCUGCUCAUGGGCCCUAUUGGGCGAGAGAUCUUCUAUGUCGGCCAGCUCCUGUUUAUCAUCUUCUUGAUGGCCAGUCACAUUCUUACCUUCUCCGUGUUGUUCAAUACAAUCACAAACCACGGAACUUGUACCAUCGUCUUUGGAGUCGUCGGCUUGAUCGUCAGUUGCCUUGCCGCCCUUCCGCGUACCGCCGAGAAGGUGUUUUACAUGUCCACUAUCUCCGCCCUCAGUAUCCUGAUCGCCACCAUCGUGACCAUGGUUGCGAUUGGAGUGCAGGCUCCCGACAACGUUCAGAACGAUAUCAUCACUGCUCCGACUUUCCAGGAAGGUUUCCUGGCUGUCACCAACAUUGUCUUCGCCUUCAUUGCCCAUGUUUCCUUCUUCGGCAUCAUGUCGGAGAUGCAAGACCCCAAGGACUUCCCCAAGGCCUUGGCCAUGCUCCAGAUCGUCGACACCACCAUGUACAUCGUUACCGCCAUGGUCAUUUACUGCUACGCUGGUCCUGAUGUGGCCUCGCCCGCCCUCUCCUCCGCCGGUCCCGUCAUGAAAAAGGUUGCCUACGGCCUGGCCAUUCCUACGGUUAUUGUGGCCGGUGUGGUCUUUGGACAUGUCGCAUGCAAGUAUAUCUACGUGCGCAUCUUCCGCGGCGAGCGUUCACACCACAUGCACCAGAAGAGCCUUUUGGCCACCGGUACUUGGGUUGCAAUUGGAUUGACCACUUGGACUGUUGCCUGGGUUAUCGCCGAGUCGAUCCCGGUUUUCAACGAGCUGCUGAGUUUGAUCAGCUCUCUGUUCGGAAGUUGGUUCAGCUAUGGAAUGCCUGCUAUCUUCUGGCUGAGCAUGAACAAGGGACAGUGGUUCUCGAGCCCUAGCAAGAUUGCUCUGACCAUUGUCAACCUUAUCAUUCUCGGAAUUGCUAUCGCUAUUUGUGGAUUGGGCCUGUACGUCUCGGGCGUGGCGAUCAAUGAGAGCUCCUCCAAUGCCAGCUGGACCUGCGCCAACAACGCCACCUAA